AUGGAGGUCGCGGAUCCCAAGUGGCGCACGCAUAUCGGCAUUGCAUUGUUUCUGCCAUGGGCGCUUAGUCUCAUGGCGUGGGGCGGGUUCGCUUACCUCGUCCGGGAAUGGCGGAUGCUUCAGCUGACCGUGUCUUUGCUGUGUCUGGCCUUCUUGCCUACUCUGUGGUUCAUGGACGAGUCGCCUCGGUGGCUGGCCGUGAGGGGGCAGCACCGGCGCGCCUCCGAGUGCUGCAGAGGGCCGCCAGGUGGAACGGGGUCGCCCUGCCCCCGAGGACGAGCUUCUGCUCCUGCUCAAGGACGGAGUCAAGGACGAGGCAAUGGUACGCCCACCAAGACGCCCGCGCCCACACCGCGAGAGGCUGGUUCAGAAGGCACGAUACUCAUUUUGCUUCUCCACCACUCCCCCACACCCUCUCACACCCUCGCCCCCUCACCCAACAGAACCCCCCGCCUUCGCACCAUCACCCUCAGCCUGUACACCAACUACCUACUGGUGGGUGCUGUGUACUUCGGCCUCUCGCUCAGCGGCGGCGACCUGAGCUCCGACCCGUUCCUGUACAUGGUGCUGACGGGGGUCGUGGAGCUGCCGGCCUACACGCUGGUCAUCCCCCUGGUGGCUCGCUACGGCAGGAGGGCUCCCGUUGUCGCCUUCUUCUUCAUGGGCGCCGUGGCUCUUCUCGCUCUGCCCUUCGUGCCCACGGGUAGUGGGGAAUCGAUGACCUUAGCGCUUAUGGGGAAGAUGAGUAUCGCUUCGGCCUUCCAGAUCCUCGACUUUUACUCCUCAGAGCUCUUUCCACCGAGCAGUGUUCGGGGCGGCGUCGGUGCUCGCGGGCUGGCCACGCUCGCCCUGCCGGAGACGCUGCACGUGCCUCUCCCGGACACCAUCGCACACCUGGAGGAGCGGGAGAUCAGGACCAGGAACUGCGAGCCACUCUCAAUUGUUAACAUUAAUGUCACAUUGUCUCAUGGAAAUGUUUUACACUAA